GUACUAAUUUUGGUAGCCAAUCAGACUGUGGGGUCCCCUCCCUCUCGUCCCCGCAAGAUCCGGUUUGCCGGCGUAGCAGCGCCUCCCCACCCCGUCUGGUCCGUGCGCCGCCCUCCACUCCCCUGCCCAGCUGCAGCCUGCAGCUCGAGUCCGGCUGGUACGGCAGCACCCUCCCUUCCUACGACUUCUCCGUUCUUUCUCUCGGCCUCGGUCUUCCCUUCCUAGCGGCGACGACAGGGCUAGUUGCGCUGCCCGCUGUUCGUGGAGCGACGGGCGCUUCGCCGGCGACGAACAUCCGACAGGGUUAUUGGGUGGACAUGUGCACACCAAUGUCCUAUACUGGUUCCGCCCCUGGUGCCAGCACCGGAAGUGUCAUCGGAUCGUACGCAGUUUCGGUGCAGGAACUUUUGGUUAUAGAUGAUUUGCUGUCAGCACUGGUGGGUAUUGAGGGACGAUAUAUUUCUAUUAAGAGAGUUCGUGGAAAGGAGGACCAUGUUGUCUUCCAGAUUGAUUCUUCAAUGGACCUUGCCCUCCAGGAAUUGACUCGCAGAAUCUUCCCUUUGUGUGAGGAUUAUGUGCUGGUAAGCAAGUUUGUGGAGUCAAGGUCACAUUUCAAGAAUGGUCUGGUCAACCAUGCUCUGGCCGCAGCUCUAAGAGCAUUCCUACUGGAUUAUCAGGCGAUGGUCGCUCAACUGGAGCACCAGUUCCGCCUUGGAAGGCUUUCUGUUCAGGGAUUAUGGUUCUUUUGUCAGAGGAUGAUGAGUUCGUUGAAUGCACUGGCAGUUCUAGUGGAGAAGGCUUCUUUCAACAAUACCAGUGGUUCUGCAACACUUAAUCUACUUCAAAGCCAGGCAAAGGCGAUGGGUGGUGAUAGUGCUGUUCGGUCUUUACUGGAAAAGAUGACAGAAUAUGCAAGUGCAGCAUACCUCAGGAUGCUAGAAAGGUGGGUCUAUGAGGGAGUUAUUGAUGAUCCUUACGGUGAAUUCUUCAUUGCUGAAAACAAAUCUCUGCAGAAGGAGAGCCUCACUCAAGAUUAUGAUGCCAAAUAUUGGCAGCAACGAUACAGCUUAAAAGAAGGAAUUCCCAGUUUCCUUACUAAUGUUGCCGCAAUGAUUCUGACAACAGGAAAGUAUCUUAAUGUUAUGAGAGAAUGUGGGCAUAAUGUUCAGGUUUCCUUAGAAAAUUCUAAGCUUAUGAGCUUUGGUUCAAAUCACCAAUAUCUUGAAUGUAUCAAAUCUGCAUAUGAUUUUGCAAGUGGUGAAUUGUUGACUCUGAUGAAAGAUAAGUAUGAUCUCGUUGGGAAACUGCGAUCCCUGAAGCGCUAUCUACUCCUUGACCAAGGUGACUUUUUGGUCCAUUUUAUGGAUAUUGCUCGAGAGGAGCUUACGAAGAAACCAGAAGAAAUAUCUGCUGAAAAACUUCAGUCUCUGCUUGACAUUGCUUUGCGGAGUACGGCGGCUGCUUCUGAUCCAACUCAUGAAGAACUAAUUUGCUGCGUGGAACGAAGUUCCCUCCUUAAGAAACUUGCCACUCUGAAAGACUUGGAUUGUGCUUGCCCUGCAGAUAAGCUUACUGCAGCAGAUGUUGAUCAGUCGAUGCAAUUAAGCAUCACGGGUUUGGAAACAUUUUGCCUUAGCAAUAAGGUCCAAUGGCCACUAUCUCUUCUAAUUUCAAGGAAGGCUCUGACAAAAUACCAAUUGAUCUUUCGCCUAUUGUUCCACUGCAAGCAUGUUAGUCAUCAGCUAUGUGCAGCAUGGCAAAUACAACAAGUAUUCCGUUCUGUCAAGAUUCUAGGAACGCCAAUUUUACGGUCAUCAAUUCUCUGUCGCAGCAUGCUCAAGUUUGUAAAUAGCCUUCUGCAUUAUCUAACAUUUGAGGUUCUUGAACCAAAUUGGCAUUUGAUGCAUGAUCGCCUUCAAACUGCAAGGAGCAUAGAUGAGGUCAUCCAGAUCCAUGAUUUCUUUCUCCAGCAGUGUCUAAAAGAAUGCUUGCUGUUGUCGCCUCAACUCCUUGUGAAAGUUGAGAAGCUGAAAGCUUUAUGCCUUCAGUAUGCCACUUCCAUCCAGCUCUUGAUGCCAUCCAUCGAAGUUGCCAACUCUGAGAAUACAUCGAAGGCUGGGAAGUCAAGGUCAAGAACUAAUAAAUCGCAGGACAGAGACCAGCAGCUGAAACUGGCAUCAGAGAAUGUCGUCAUGUCAGAGUCAAUCCUGAAAUUCGAAGCGGCGUUCAAUUCAGAGCUCCAGAGCCUUGCUCCCACACUGAGCAACAGUUCACACGCGGAGCCGUACCUGACCCGUCUCGCGCAGUGCAUCCUUGGUGUGCGAACCGACCAAUGAAUUGCCUGAUGAGUACCGUGCUCAUUGGACUCGGUACAAGGUCAUUACCCUGCAGGGUGGCACUGCCCGGCCCGAUCAAGAUCUGUGUGUGUACUUGUGAUAGAUCACAGAUAGGCCAGUAGGAUCUAGUAUUCUAGAGAGCCACGGAUGGUGCCUUUGUUGGUGCGGGCGUGCCAGCUGUUUGAAUGUCUUGGCGUGUUUAUCAGCUGUGUGAUUCAGUAUUGCCGUGUGGCUCGUGUCUGACGAUUGCCAUGUGCGAUGUCUUGGUCUAGUCACCAGUGUAUCAUGUGCAUUGUGGCCUUGUGGGCGACAGACAUGUUGGUCGGUGUGUAGGAUUGAACUGAUAUAUUUUGCUUAGUCGAGGCUCAUGCCACGUGUGAUAAUUAAUCUUCGAUUGA